GAGGAGGUACAAAGGCCUGAAAAAGACAGGGGGACAGGUGUGUGGGGCUAGGUACUGGCGUGGUUGGGCCACUUUUUGAAUUCGACGUGAGGGUACAGGAGAUGAGGCUGAAGCAGCCAGGAGAGCUUUGCAGCUCAUUCCACACCCUGUGCCAGGGAUCCUCGGGGCACUGGAACAGCAUGGAGGGGAGGCUUCCUGGAGGUGGUGCCGAAGCUGGGCCUUGAAGAGUGAGGGUUUGCCUGAGGGACAGGGAGUAGAACAGACUUUCCAGCAGAGACCAGCAAAUGCAGAGCUCCCAGCAGGAAAGAACAAGCCAAGUGCUGGAAACUGCCUGCAUGGCCCUAGCCAGGCCAACAGUAGUAUAGUCUUAGCCGGCAUCUUUGGAGAUGCGCGUUCCCUAAGUACACUCGAAUCUGCAUUCUUGAUUUCUGCAGUGGUUCAGAAGCACAGCUAGGGUCAAGAGGCACCAGCAGUGUUUGCAGGAAGUCCAGGAAGCUCUGGGGUCUGGCUGUGAAGGGCCUGGUAUGGGUGCUUUUCCAAGGGAAUCUGUGUCUAGCCUGUGGGCAUAAGCAGUGGAAACCUUUGGCUCUGGCCCUUAACGCCUUAAAACUACAUGUAGAGGUUUAACAAAUCGCUGUAAAAUGGGCAAGGGCUGUAAAGGCACACAUCGGUAACAAGGUUGGAAACCACCUGUUGCCCAUCAGUCUUGAGUAAAAUUUGACCUGCCCGCAUCGUGGGAAACUGUGCACCUGCAGAAAAGAAUGGGGGUCCUUUUGUAUACCAUAUGGACCAAUCUGCAAGAUAGUAAGUGUUUCCAAACAGGACAUUCGUGAGCAGAUUUGGGACUACAUGGAGUCACGAAAUUUAGCUGAUUUUCCCCGGCCUGUCCAUCACAGGAUUCCCAACUUCAAGGGUGCUUCUCGGGCCGCUGAGCAUUUCCCACGUUUGCAGGCGUUCAAAAUGGCCAGAACCAUUAAAGUCAACCCUGACGCACCCCAGAAAAAUGCCCGCUUCUUCGUCCUCGACAGCAAAAAAACAUUGUUGGUUCCAACACCACGACUGAGAACGGGGUUGUUUAAUAAGAUCACACCACCCCCCGGGGCAACUAAAGACAUCUUGAGAAAAUGUGCCACCUCUCAGGGCGUGAGGAACUACAGCACUCCCGUGGGCUUGGAUUCCAUGGUCCUUGUGGACUUAGUGGUGGUGGGGUCCGUGGCUGUUUCUGAAAAAGGCUGGAGAAUUGGGAAGGGAGAAGGCUAUGCCGACCUUGAAUACGCCAUGAUGGUGUCGAUGGGAGCGGUCAGCCAGGGGACGCCGGUGGUCACCAUCGUCCACGACUGCCAGGUUGUCGACAUACCUGAGACACUCCUUGAGGAUCACGACCUCACCGUGGACUAUAUUCUCACUCCAACUCGAGUCGUCACCACGGGCUGUGCGCGCCCCAAGCCAGCAGGAAUCGUGUGGUCCAAGAUCAGCUGUGAGAUGAUGGGGAAAAUACCAGUCCUCAGAAGCCUGCGCUGCCGAGAGGAGCAGGCCGGGAAGGACGUCACCCUUCGGGAUAAACACCGGAGCCUUCCGGGUGCCCGGGCCGCCCUGAGCACCGUCAGAAGCCCGCGGGAGCUGCCCUCGCUGGAAUCGGGCUCCGUGCCGGGGGAGGAUGUGCCUUCCAGCACUGUUUACGUUGGGAACCUCCCCCGGGACGCCCGGGUGAGUGAGCUGAAGCGAGCCCUCAGCGCACGGGGCGCGGCUCCCUCACGGCUCACUUGGCAGGGGCCGCAGCGCGGGGCCUUCCUCCACUACUGGGACCCGGCCGAGGCCUGGCAGGCCAUCUCUCGCUUGCAGGGCUUCUGUCUGGGCGCCAACACAGCGAGGGUGGCGCUGGCCAGGCAGCAGGGGGCCAGUGGCCCGGCGGGCGGCCGCGCUGGAGAGCCGCACCCUGACCCGUGACAACAUCCCACUCCGGCCCCCGGCGAACUUCAGAGCCCAGCACAGCGGGAUGUGGUGGAGCUUUGCUGCACGAGCUGCUUUGAGUUCAGUCCUUUCCGGGAAGUCAGAGCUUCAGUUGGUGCCUGGUAUCUCCUGAGGGGCAGGGAAG